GUCGCGCCCAAACAAGACUUCGCUUCUUCUUGCUUCCUCCUCUCCUCUCCUCUUCGCCGGCAAGCGCAGAGAAAUCAGCAGCAGAGAUACUAGAUAAGGAGGUGGCUAUAUAGGCUCCACCCCUGCGAGUCUUGCUGAGCAGAGCCCCAGUUUCUUGAUCGCUUCCGGUCGGGUGUGCUUGGACAUGAUGGGAGGAGGGGUGACCAUGAUGGAUCCGCGCAUGGCGUUCGCGGCGGACGGCGACGGCGCCAAGGGGUUCGGUGUCUUUGGAUCCGGCUGCUUCGUCGGGGAGAGCGACUUCAUGAAUCCAGCGCCGGCGCAGCGGGUGCACGAAAGCUUCCCCGAUGAAGAUGAGAGCGACGACGACGAUGUGGACGGCAUCGAGGAGCUGGAGCGCCGCAUGUGGCGCGACCGGAUGAGGCUCAAGCGCCUCAAGGAGCUGCAGCAGCGGCAGCAGAGCCCGGGCGGCGCGGCGAGCAGCAAGGGGCGGCGGCGGGAGGCGUCCCAGCAGGACCAGCAGGCGCGGCGCAAGAAGAUGUCGCGCGCGCAGGACGGGAUCCUCAAGUACAUGCUCAAGAUGAUGGAGGCCUGCAGCGCGCAGGGCUUCGUGUACGGCAUCGUGCCCGAGAACGGCAAGCCGGUCGGCGGCGCCUCCGACAACCUCCGCGCCUGGUGGAAGGAGAAGGUCCGCUUCGACCGAAACGCCCCCGCCGCCAUCGCCAAGUACCAGGCCGACAACGCCCAGCCGGGCGAUGCGGGCGAGGGGGGCGGGAACGACCCGGCGGCCGGCCCGCGGUCCCUGCACGAGCUGCAGGACACCACGCUGGGGUCGCUGCUCUCGUCGCUCAUGCAGCACUGCAACCCGCCGCAGCGCCGGUACCCGCUCGAGAAGGGCGUGGCGCCGCCGUGGUGGCCGCGGGGGGCGUCCGAGGCGUGGUGGCCCGAGGCCGGCGUGCCGGACGAGCUGGGCCCGCCGCCGUACAAGAAGCCGCACGACCUCAAGAAGGCGUGGAAGGUCGCCGUGCUCACCGCCGUCAUCAAGCACAUGUCGCCCGACGUCGACAAGGUCCGCCGCCUCGUGCGCCAGUCCAAGUGCCUGCAGGACAAGAUGACCGCCAGGGAGAUCGUCACCUGGCUCGCCGUCCUCAAGAGGGAGGAGGAGCUGCAUCCCGGCGCGUGCCUCCCUCCGCCGUCUGCCGCAAGGGCGCUCUCGUUCGACGCCAGCUCCGGCGAGUACGACGUCGACGCAGCCUACGGCGAGGAGACCGCCAACCAGACCAAGCCACCCUUCGAGGCAGCCGCGUUCGUCGACUUAACCAUGGAUGCUGACAUGAGCAACGAGUUCUUGUUCAUGCCGGCCGCGCUGAUGAAGGAAGAAGCCAUCGACUUCGACUUCACCCACACCCAGAAGCGGACCGCACUGUCGCCCGCCGCCGCCGACGCCGAGCCGGAGCAGAUGCUGAAUAAUGGAAACACCCGCGUGUACACUUGCACCAACGCGCACUGCCCGCACGGCGAUCCCGCGCUCGGCUUCCUCGACCGCAACGCGCGCAACGACCACCAGUACGCCUGCAGGUACAACAACCCCGCCGCCGUCGAGAGCAAGCCGCCACCGGCCUUCUUCCCGGCGGCACCCUACAGCCCGCGUAGCCAGCAGCAGCUUGGCGGCUUCGACUUCGGCCUUCCCGUCGAUGACCAGAGAUGCCUCGCCGGGCUGAUGAGCAUGUACGACGCCGGCGUGGCCGCGCACAGGAGCAACGACGCCGCCGCUCCGAGCAUGCAGAUCGGUGGCAGAGACCAUCUGGCGCCAAUAUCGCUCGGUGGCGCGAACAGCAUGAUGCAGCAGCAGCAGCAGAAUGCGGCAUUCUUCGUCCGCAACGACGCGCCGUUCGGCAUGGGGGCGCCGGAGCUCGGCAGGUUCAGUUCAGGUUUCGACGCGUCAGCGGUGAAUUACGCCGGCGCCAUGCAGCAACCGCCGCAGAAGCACGUUGGACCCAACUGGUUCUACUGAAACAACAAUUAAGAAACCGCCAUUCGUUAGCUUUGUAGCUUUAUCUAGGCCAUUACUAGAAUUCAUAAGGUUUUCAAUCUCGAUCGAUUCACGGUUUCUUGUAAGUUGUAACCUGCAAGGACUGGUUGAUUCAGGGCCAUGUUCAGAACACUUGGAAUUUUCACAAA